UGGCUUCUCCGAGUUGGGACGAGGCGCCAGCCCAAAUUGAAAAUCCUAAUCGGAAACUCAAAUAGCAAGAAGAGGACUCCUUCGACCGCUACGAUCGUGCCACGUGUUACGCGUAGUAAGGAGCAUCAGCUUCGUGCGCAUGAAAUUCGCUCACCCGCCGGGUAUAUAUUCGGAAGUGGCGACCCGAAACGUUCGUCAGAGGAAUCGUUAGAAGGCUUUCUGAGUCCUCCGCCCGGCGUACCCCCCAAACUCCCCAGGUUUGACGACUUAAUCUUCAUGAAUUCAAGAACUACUGAAGCAUCCAUCGUUUCCUGUAAAUCGGGAAACAAGAACAACUUCUUCUUCUGGAUUUUGUUUUGCUUAUUGCCAAAGUUCUUUGGGAACCCGAUUGCAUACGUGAACUUCUUGCUGAUUAAGGCUAUUGCUAGGAAAUCUUCAGGAGGCCACUUCUCUGAAUAUUGUGAGGUUCAUCCAUAGUGAUUAAUUUGGUCAUCUGCUGUACACAUCCCUCUCUACUUUCUGCAACAUGGUUUCUUCUCAGCUAACUGGCUUGGCAAAGACUCAUCUAGGCAAACCAUUCCAGAGACAGUUACUUUUUCCUCUGAACCCCCCUGAAGUUGUCCCCUCAGAUCAUGAUGAUUUUGAUUUUUCUGAUGUAUUUGGCCCAGUUCAGGCUUCGGUAGAAGCAAAAUUUGGGGAUUCGGUGAACUCGUUGUCUGUACCUGAAGAGACUAAGCUUAUUUAUGAUGAUCCAGUUGCAAUUUACAGCCAAACACAUUCUUUGGUUGGCCCUUUUACUUGUGUUAAUCAAUCAUUGGACCUCAGCAACCUUACUAUACAUGAGAUGGAUGAUUCAGUGGAACUGGCCAAGUGUCUCAAUGGAGAGAGCAUUGAAAAACUUCAGGGAACUUCGGCGGAGGAUGGUGUUGUUGAGGAACAUCUUGACAAUGUUGAUAAUACUUUCAUGAAGGUCCAAAGUGUAGGUCUUGAAGAUUUUGAGGUUAUGAAGGUUGUUGGGAAGGGUGCUUUUGGAAAAGUGUUUCAGGUGAGGAAGAGGGGUUCAUUGGAAAUAUAUGCAAUGAAGGUCAUUCGGAAGGAUAAGAUUGUGGAGAAAAAUCAUGCUGAAUACAUGAAAGCAGAGAGGGAUAUUUUAACAAAAAUAGAUCACCCGUUCAUUGUCCAGCUCAGAUAUUCAUUCCAAACCAAAUAUAGGUUAUACCUUGUGCUGGAUUUCAUAAAUGGGGGUCACCUAUUUUUUCAGCUCUAUCACCAUGGCCUUUUCAGAGAGGAUCUGGCACGUAUAUAUGCUGCUGAGAUUGUUUCUGCUGUCUCUCAUCUUCAUGCAAAUGGUGUAAUGCAUAGGGAUCUUAAGCCUGAAAAUAUCCUGCUGGAUGCAGAUGGCCAUGCUAUGCUGACUGAUUUUGGACUGGCAAAGCAAUUUGAUGAGAAUACAAGGUCAAAUUCCAUGUGUGGUACAGUAGAAUAUAUGUCACCUGAAAUUGUUCUUGGAAAGGGCCACAAUAAGGCCGCAGACUGGUGGAGUGUGGGCAUCCUAUUAUUCGAGAUGCUCACUGGGAAGCCUCCCUUCAUUGGUGGGAACCGGGAAAAGAUGCAGCAGAAGAUAAUUAAAGAUAAGAUUAAGUUACCAUCAUUUUUGUCGAGUGAAGCGCAUUCUCUUUUGAAAGGGUUGCUACAAAAGGAUGCAAGCAAGCGGCUGGGAAGUGGGCCUGCAGGGGGCGAGGAGAUCAAGCGCCACAAGUGGUUCAAGCCUAUAAACUGGAGGAAACUAGAGGCGCGGGAAAUUGAACCAAGUUUUCGUCCAGAAGUUGCUGGAAAACACUGCAUUGCCAACUUUGAGAAGCACUGGACUGACAUGCCACUGUUGGACUCUCCAGCCUCCAGCCCCGACGUCAAAGGGAACAUAUUUAAGGACUUCACUUACGUGAAGCCUGCAGCCCCCUUUCUCCAGAGGUGCAGCCCCCUCUCCGCAGAGAAAUAGCUCUGUCCUACUAGAAUGGUUUGCCCUCUGGAAGCAACCUCAUCUCUCUCCCUCUCUCUGGAGGAUGUGUGUUCUUUCAAAUGGUUGGGGUUAACUUUGAUAGAUGCUCUCUAAAUAUAGCAGUUUCUUUUAAUGUACUUUCAGUCUGAACAAACAACAUCAAAUUCAGGAUUUUUUUUUUUGGCUAAUUGGAUGAUGUAAUAAGCUGUGUCCACUUUUUUCAUCAGUGCAUUGACCCUUUGGAUGGAGUUUUUCUCACAAAAAAAAUGUUAAUCCCAUCUUUAGAGAGCAUUUGGAUUUGAAUUUUUAUUGAAUUUGAAUAAAUGUCUUAUGUCAUGUUCCUAAUGGAAA